AUGAAGCUGUUGGAUGUUGACUGUGAAGGUGUUCGUUUUGUUGGUAUUCACGGGAUAGGCAGUGUUGGCAAAACAACUCUUGCGAAGGUUGUCUUCAACCAGCUCUGUUUGUAUUUCGAUGAUUGCUGCUUUCUUGGAGAUGUUCGAGAAUCAUCAGAAAAAGGGGGCCUAGUAAAUUUGCAGAAACGGUUGUAUUCUGACAUUCUCAACUCUAGAUUCAUGGACAACAUUCAUGACAUUGAUGAUGGGAUGAACCAGAUCGGGACAAGAUUUCACAGCAAAAAGGUUCUUAUGCAAAUGUCUCUGGUAAAGAUUGUUGAUGGUGAUGUAUUAUGGAUGCAUGACCAGCUCAAAGAUCUUGGGAGGCAAAUUGUUCAAAGGGAGUGCUUGCAUGAUCCUGGAGAGUGUAGCUGGGUGUGGAUUUGUGAGGAAGCCGUGGACAUUGUAAGAAAAAAGUAG